UCCAAGCGCCAUCUACGGAUGAAUAUUUGAUGUUCACAUUAUGGGUUUCUUUGUUUGACCAUCAACCGCUGUUGUGGCAAGUUUUGUUUUUCAAUCGAAAAUCUUUCGAUCCUUUUUUUUCGGCCAUAUUGUGUACUUGAAAAAGACAAUAACAACUCUGGCAGCAACAAGUGGUUGAUGGCAAUGUCGCUAGGCCGAAAAGCGACGAAUUGUUCGAAAUUGGCGAUGCGAGUAUGGAAAGCGUUUCUCAUACUUUGCUCGGUCAUGUCUGGUGUUUUAUUUGCUGUCGUUUGGCUUAACUAUGAACAAACUGUUAUUCGAUUUACAUCGAUGCAUUCCCCAUUAUCUAUGGCUAAUCGUCUCGGAAUUAGCAACGAUAAUUGGCGAUCCAAAUUGGAUGAUCAUUUACAGCAGACAUCAGUUAAUUAUGAUAAAUGGCUUGCAUCGUUGUCACUAGAAUCUGUGCGCAUACCUCAUGAACAGAUUAGUUAUGGAAUAAAUCGUUCAUCGCUGAUGCUUGAAUCAGAAUGGUUGGCCAAUCGAACACGAAUCUUAUGUUUAGUGUUGGCAACUACACGCAGUCGAAUUCGAGCUGUAAAUCAAACCUGGACUAGACAUUGCAACGAACGUCAUUUUUACGGAGGAUUUCACGAAAAAAAAGAGCCGUAUGUCAAGCUAAAGUUUUUGGACGACUCAUUGUUAUCUCCACGUACAUUCUGCCUAGCGUUCAUAGAUUUAAUGACCCGAAUUAAACAUGAUUAUGACUGGUUACUAAUUACUACCGAUCAAACAUUCGCCAUUGUUGAAAAUCUUAGGCAUCUUGUCGCACCAUUAGAUUCCCGAAAUCGAUUCUACAUUGGCCGUCCAGUACAACAUUACUUCUUAGGUGUUUACAAUUCAUUUGAAUCAGGAAUAGUACUAAGCCGUGGUUCAGUCGAUCUAUUAGCCAACAAUCUGUUCGUGGGCAACCGCACGACCUGUAUCGAUUUGUCCACAAAUGGUCUCAUUUAUGGAGGUCAGUUCGACUCGUAUAUGGGCAUGUUUCUUGCUAGAAAUGGUGUUCGUCCCGAGAAUACUUACGACGACUCAAACGAUAUAAGACAGAGCGGUGGCACUCGAUUCCAUCCAUUCAUGCCAGAACGGCAUCUUAACCCACAACUUAUAUCCGUAUUCGAUACAUUUUGGAUGUCGAACCUUUUACCUGUAACCGGUGGAUUCGGUUGCUGCAGUAAUCGUGCCAUCACAUUUACCGGAUUUUCCUCAGUUACAAUGUAUUUUAUCGAAUACCUCCUUUACCACUUGGCUGCAUUCAGCAAAUUCGAUGCAAUCAACGGCUUAGGCAAUCAUCCUCCUUCCUACCUGGCCUACCAAGUGCCAUCUGAUUUGGACAUGACAACAAUCAUGUCCAUGACAACACAUCACAAUAAACAUCAUCACCGGAAACACAAACGAAUCAAACACCGAAAUAAAAAUUCAAUUAACGAGAACUAAUCAUUUGUAACAAUAAACAAUUUUGAUUGAAUAAAUGGUUUAAUCGAUGACGA